AUGGACGUCCUGGCGAACCACAGCAUCUUCCAGGAACUUCAGCUGGUGCACGACACCGGCUACUUCUCCGCCAUGCCGUCGCUGGAGGAGAACUGGCAGCAGACCUGCUUGGAGCUGGAGCGCUACCUGCAGACGGAGCCCAAGCGUCUGUCCGAGCUCUUCGACCAGGACCUGGACGGUCUCCUGACCCCGGCCUACUUGAAGGAGGAUGGCGAGGAGGAGGAGCUGACGGACGCUCUGCUCCCGGGCCCCCCCGGCCUCCCGGACCCCCCGAGCCCCCCGGUGAUCCUCUGCCCGACACGGAGGAACCUCCUCUCCUCCACCGGGGCGAUGAAACGAGACCUGAAACCCAAGAGCCAGGGGCUGGAGAACGUAGAAGGGAUGGAGGGCGUCCACCAGGCCCAGCUGAGCGCCGUGACCUCCCUGACCCCGCCGUCGUCACCGGAGCUGGGACGCCACCUGGUCAAACCCAACCAGACGCUCACGGCCUCCGCCGACGGCACGCUCACCCUGAAGCUGGUGGCCAGGAAGGUGGGGCUGAGCGCCGCCCGGCUGGUGGCAGAGCACGCCCUCCCGGUCCGAGUGAAGGAGGAAGAGGAGGGCGCCGCCUGCGUGGUCGGCGUCGGCGAGCUCCCGGAGAACAAGAAGAGGAUUCACCGCUGUCAGUUCAACGGCUGCAGGAAGGUGUACACCAAGAGCUCCCACCUGAAGGCUCACCAGAGGACACACACAGGUGAGAAACCGUACAAGUGCUCGUGGGAGGGCUGCGAGUGGCGAUUCGCCCGGAGCGACGAGCUGACGCGGCACUACCGCAAACACACGGGCGCCAAGCCGUUCAAGUGCAACCACUGUGACAGGUGUUUCUCGCGGUCGGAUCACUUGGCGCUGCACAUGAAGAGGCACAUCUGA